CUUCCUUAACUAUCUUUUCCAGAAUCUUGCCCGGUAUCCACGUGAGGCUGACCGGACAUCUACAUCUACAAACUGGCUCAUGGAGGGAGAUACGUUUUCACAGGGCCCCAUCCAGCCUCUGUUUAAAAGCCUCCAAAGGAGCCUCCACUACACUUUGAGGCAGAGAGUUCCAGUGCUGAACAACUCUUAACAGUCAAGAAGUUCUUCCUAAUGUUGAGAUGGAAUCUCCUUUCCUGUAAUUUGAACCCAUUGCUGCGAGUAAUCAGAAAGAGGAAAACAAGUGUCAGGUGUCCAUAUUAGAAUUAAAUGUGUAUGACACUGUCAACAUGGAGGAGAAAGCCUAUACAUGUAUUAAAUGUGGAAAGAGCUUUGCUCGGAAUGAAAAUCUACGUCUACAUCAAAGGACUCACACUGGGGAGAAACCCUAUAACUGCCUGGAGUGUGGGAAGAGCUUUGCUCACCGUGGAAGUCUACGUAAACAUCAAAGGACUCAUACUGGGGAGAAACCCUAUACAUGUCUGGAGUGUGGACAGAGCUUCACUGAGAGAAGAAAUCUAUGUAGCCAUCAAAGAAUUCACACUGGAGAUAAACCCUAUAAAUGCUGGGAGUGUGGACAGAAGUUCAGUCAUAGUUCAGGUCUAAAGAGGCAUCAAAGGACUCACACUGGGGAGAAACCCUUUCAAUGCAUAGAGUGUGGACUGAGCUUCACUCAGAGUGGAAGUCUACAUUCCCAUCAAAGGACUCACACUGGGGAGAAACCCUAUAAGUGCUUAGAGUGUGGACAGAGCUUCACUCAGAGUGGAAGUCUACAUAAGCAUCAAAGGACUCACACUGGAGAUAAACCCUAUAAAUGCUGGGAGUGUGGACAGAGCUUCAUUGAGAGUUCAGGUCUACAAUCACAUCAAAGGACUCACACUGGGGAGAAACCCUUUAAAUGCCUGGAGUGUGGACAGAGCUUCACUCAGAGUGGAACUCUACAUAAACAUCAAAGGACUCACAUUGGGGAGUAACCCAGUGUGACUACAAGUGUCUGGAGUAAUCGUUCUCAACCUGUGCGUCCCAGGACGUUUUGUCCUUCAAUUCCCAGAAGUCCUUACAGCUGGUAAACUGGCUGGGAUGUCUGGGAGUUGUAGGCCAGACCACCUGGGGACCCACAGGUUGAGAACCACUGGUCUCGAGUGUGGAUAGAGCUUCUCACAGACUUCAUAUCUACAUCGACAAAGAAUUCACAUUGGAGGGAAUUGUGAUAAUUGAGAUCAGAAAGUCUAAGAAGUUCAAAAGCAACUCUUGGAGGUCAGAAAUGCAAGCACAAAGUUGGGACAUUUGAUCAGAUGUGGUGUAUUGUAGACAUUUUGAACUAAAAUGCAUUCCAUCAUGGAAACAAUUAAAGUUAAACGAAAGCA